UGUGUCGAGUAUUUCAUUUCGUGUGAAAUAUUGCGACAAAUCUUAGAAAGUGUUCAGUAUUUGCAUGAAUUGAAUCCACAGAUCAUUCACAGAGACCUCAAACCCGAAAAUAUAUUAAUUGCUGAAAAUGUAAGGAACGGUAGAUUUAUUAAGUUAUGCGACUUUGGUUUGGCUGUUGAGCACCAGAAGUUAUGCGACUUUGGUUUGGCUGUUGAGCACCAGAAGGUAUCUCAGAGUCACACCAGAAAUGUGGGAACUCCUAAAUAUAUGGCCCCAGAUUUGGAUCAAUCAAAGAACGGUAGAUUUAUUAAGUUAUGCGACUUUGAUUUGGCUGUUGAGCACCAGAACGAAUCUCAGAGUCACACCAGAGGUGUGGGAACUCCUAAAUAUAUGGCCCCCGAAUUGUGUCAAUCAAAUGGAAGUGAACUGGUCAAAUAUACAAACACUUCACUACACGAAAGGAUUAAAAAUAUACUAGCUCAACACAAUUCCGAUUGGCUGUUGAGCACCAGAAGUGGAAGUGAACUGGUCAACUAUACAAACACUUCACUACACGAAAGUGCCAUCCCUAAGAGGGCGUCGAGUAGUAUAUCACGUAAUACUGAGUCUAAUGUCUCGACCGAAUAUAAAGUGUUUGACAAAAGGAAUUGUGCCAACGGCUCAAUGGAUCGGGGUGGUCUCAACUUUGUAAAGGUG